AAAUAAAGUGCGCAACUCUUACCUCUCACACCAUCCACAAAUAGAACACCAAGUUGUCAUCUAAUCUAAAAACAAAAACAAAUUAAACAUUGCUUACCCCCUUCCCCAAGUAACGAAGAACAUUCCAGAUUCCAAAAAUUCCCAAUAAAAUCCCCAAUCAAUCUACAAAACUUUUCAUAAAAUCAUAACAAACCCAAUUCAAAUACCCCAAAAAAAAUCAAAAAAAUGGGUAUGAUCUUAGGCAAAAUCACAGUAGAAACCCCAAAAUACGAGGUCAUAAAAUCAACAAACGAGUAUGAAAUCCGCAAAUACCCAGCAUCAGUAAUUGCAGAGGUAACCUAUGAUCCAUCCCAAAUGAAAGGCGGCAAUAAAGAUGGUGGAUUCACCAUUUUAGCCAAUUAUAUUGGCGCCAUCGGAAAACCCCAAAACACCACGUCGGAAAAAGUGUCCAUGACAGCCCCAGUCGUAACACAAUCCAGUAACGCCGCGGCGGCGGCGGAGGCGAUAGCUAUGACGGCGCCGGUGAUUACGAAAGGGCGGGAAGGGGAAAAGGAGGAGGUGACAAUGCAGUUUAUAUUGCCGGAAAAGUAUAAGAAGGCGGAGGAGGCGCCGAAGCCGGUGGAUGAGAGGGUGGUGAUUAAGCAGGAAGGGGAGAGGAAGUAUGGGGUGGUGAAGUUUAGUGGGGUGGCGAGUGAUGGUGUGGUGAAGGAUAAGGUUGAGGGGUUGAGAAUUGCAUUGGAUAAAGAUGGGUUUAAGGUGAUUGGGGAGUAUUUGUUGGCUAGAUAUAAUCCACCUUUUACUUUGCCUUUUCUAAGGACUAAUGAAGUUUUUUUACCAGUUGAGUGAGGUUUUUUAGGUUGUCUUUUGUAAUUUAGUUUUGUACUUGUGUGUGUUUUGUGAUACUAGAGAAUUUUGUUAUAAAUCAAUGAUUUACUUUUGGUAAUUAA